AUGCUCGUCAGUUUGUUGCUGCGACGACCAUCGCCGUUCAAUGUCCACCGCCCCUUGCAUAUAAAGCACAGCUUAUCUCUGACAACGACAACGAGAAGACGCACCAUGUCGACUCCGAGCUUGGCAGACUUCUCGACUUGCGAACUGUCUGACGCGCUCAUCAAAAUCGGCCUACCCCACGGGGACACAUACCUGAUGUCCACAUGCAUUCACCGCACUCUGAUGGUUCCGGCGCCCGACAAGACCAGCCCCCGACCUGCUGCACACUUCGUCGAUACCGCUACUCAAGGCUCCGUGAUUGUCAUCGACGCACCACCUCAUACCAAGAAUGCAGUAUGGGGAGGACUCAUGACGGCCGGUGCACAAGCGCGUGGUGCCAUUGGCGUGGUCAUCUCAGGCCGGUGCAGGGAUCUCGCCGAGCAUCGUAGUGCUGGCUUUCCCGUCUUCGCCAGAGGCCAUUCCACUCUCGGACAGUCGCCCUUCACGCGUCCGUCUGCGGUGAACGUCCCUCUCACCAUUCAGCCUCAGUUCUCUUCGGAGGCGUUCAGUGGCACGUUCGAAGCGGAUGGCGUCGUGUGCGUGCCCGUUGGGCUCAUCGACAAAGUGGUGGAACUGGCAGCCAAGGGUAGGGAGGUUGAUGCUCGGUGUCCGGGGUCCAGGAUGCAUUCAGAAGCACAGGGAAGUUGUGAGUCUGAUUUCAUGUAGAAUAUAUACACAGGCUAUGCUGGACACCUCCGCGAAUCAACGAUUAGACCAUUCAU